AUGGUGCCCACCCGCCCUCGCAUGACCGCGCUGCCAGUCCUCUUUCCCAUGUGCAACUGCGGUUCCCGGGGUGGAUGUCGCCGCUGCAUUGGGCGAACAUUCCUUGUCUCAUGGAAGCCAGGUGGAAUUCAUGUGGCCGCCCCCUCAGCUGACAGCUUCUCAGUGGACGGCAACAUGGCGACAGAGGUGAGAUCACCAUCUGAGCAUUAUGUAGUGACACCGUCUUCCUGCACCACCAAAAUAGUGUAG